AUGGAUCAACACCACUUCCUCCACCACCACUACCACCACCCUCAGGACCACCGCACCACCCGCUACGCUUCCCUCAACCCUCAAUCGCAUCACAACCACCACCACCAUAACAACCUCCCACCGCCGCCGCCCGCGCCGCCACCGCCUCUCUCCUACCACCGCAGCCUCCACCCGGCUCCCCUGCCGCAACCCUACACCCCUUCCACUCCUCAACAACAACAGCAGCAGCAGCAGCAGCAAUUCUCUUUCAAUCACCACUCAUCUCUCCCACACCGCACCCUCGAAGACGAUUCACGUUCCCUCCCCUACGACCUCCUCCCUCGCCGGACCACCGCCAUCUCCUGGAACCCUAACCCUAGAACUGACGAUUUCGAUCGCGAAUUCCACCACCACCACCACCGCCCUCCCCCGCCGCCGCCUCCCCCGAUCGAAACCCUCCGCUAUGACCCCGGGCGUCGUGACCGUCUCGUGGUGGAUGCCUACGAGCAAAACCCCAGGGAGGCACUCUCUUGGGGCGGCGGUGACUACCACGCGCCUAGCCAGGGCGACGUAGAGCCCCCGCCCUACGUGCGCGUGUACAGCGUGGAAUGUGACGCUGACGUGGCCGGUAGAGGGUCCCGGGUGGAGAGCAAGAGGUGGGUGAUGAGUGAUAGAGAGAGGGAGAGGGGAAGAGAGUUGCACGAGUCUUCUUCUAAUUUAGUUAGCAAGGUUAGUAACACUGACAAAUAUUAUCAUGGUUCUGAUAAUGUGGGUAGGUAUAGUAGAGGGAAUAGUAGAGAGCGUAGUCAUGAAUUCGCACGUACUCCUCCUAAGAAACAGAUGCAGAAGAAAAGCGCUCUUCUUAGGAUUCAGACUGCUAAACCUAAUCAUAGGAACCGUGAGGUUGAGCAGUUACGGUACCCCAGUUAUGGACCUGAAGGUAGCAAUGGCUUUUUCAGGGGUAAGGAACAAUAUUUGGCUCAUGGGGUGAAGGGGGAAUAG